AUGGCGUACCAUUCAUUUACAGAGGUCCUCGACCGGAGGUCGGGCUUCAUUUCCAUUCCACCUCCCACCGAACAACCUCUCGCAUAUGUCGUCGCAGCCUUUCUAUUCCUAUUGGCAUUUUACAGCACCGGUCAGAAGAGGGCCGAUAUCCCUGAAUUAAACCCCCCGAAGUCUCGUCUGAGGCUUCCAGGUAUGGUAUCCGCCGAACAGGCCCAAAACUUCAUCCGCCAUAGCCAAGAGCUGUUCAAGGCUGGAAGAGCCAAAUUUCCUGAUCAGCCAUACCGCCUGUACAAUUACCUCGGCGACUCUGUUGUUAUUCCCCCUAAGCUCAUCAACGAAAUUCGUAACGAACAAGCCUUGGACUUUCAGAUCUCGGCUCAAUAUGGACGCUUUGAGACGUUUCACGGGAACAAAAAACUACCGGUCCUCAUCAACAGGCACCUGACGAAAGCCUUGAACAAACUCACAAAGCCCUUGUCAGAUGAAGCAUCCUUGGCAUUAUCCAAGAAGUUUGGCAACUCGACUACAGGCAAGUCCACUCUUAUCAAACCCUCUUCAGACAUGCUGAAUAUGGUCGCACGGGUCUCCACAAGAAUUUUCAUGGGUGAGGAGCUCUGUCGUAACGAGGAUUGGCUCAACGAAUCAGCCUUAUACUCCGCAUGUGCCUUCAAUGCCGUCGAGGUGCUGCGAACUUGGCCCGCCGUGCUCCGCCCCUGGGUGGCUCCGUUCAUUCCAGAAUGCAAGGAGACACGCGCAAGGAUAGCGCGGUGCAGAGAGAUACUGGAACCAUUUGUUGCUGCACGACACACUGCCAAGGCUAAGGCGGUAGCUCAAGGAGAGAAACCGCCAGUAUACGACGACUCCCUGGAGUGGUUUGAGAAGGAGUAUGAAGAUUACGACGCUGCCAAGUCUCAGAUUGCGUUAUCUUUAUUCGCCAUCCACACCACUUCAGAUCUCUUGUCGGAAGUUAUGACCCAGAUCGCUCGGCAUCCCGAGCUCUUCCAGGCGCUUCGAAAGGAAAUCGUUGAAGUAUUGAGCCGGGACGGCCUAAAGAAAACGGCUCUUUACAAUCUCAAGUUGAUGGAUAGCGUCAUAAAGGAGUGUCAGCGCAUCAAGCCCAUUACCCUUGUGGCCAUGCAGCGUCGUACUGUCAAACCAAUGAAACUUUCCAACGGCCUGACAAUACCCAAGGGCGAACGCGUGUGGGUUGACGUCGCCCAUAUGUGGAGCGACGAGUACUACAAGAAUCCAGACGAGUUCGACCCAUACCGCUUUAUAAACCUCCGCGGCACCGACAAGGAACAUAUUGCACAUCUCGUGAGCACCAGUGCAGAGCAUAUCGGCUUUGGACACGGAGAGCACGCGUGUCCUGGUCGAUUCUUCGCCGCCAACGAGCUCAAGAUUCUGCUGUGCCACAUGGUUUUGAAGUACGAUUGGAAGCUCCCCGAAGGCAGCGAUCUCAACUACACACCUUGGGGCUUACCCCUGGUUCCCAAUCCUCAGGCUAGAAUACUAGUCAGGAGACGUAAGGAGGAACUUGAUUUGGAUAGUCUUGAUUGUUAG